GACUCCAGUAUGACCAGUCAAUCUUCCCCUUUGAAGAGUCCAGUUCUGGAAGAGGAGCACCUACAGGUCCCGUUCUCUCCGCUGCAUGGGGAGCGUGUUGAGUACGCUGGCAGGAUGGAGGGGGCCGUCAUCGCUAUGUCCAGUUACCGCCUUCACAUCAAGUUCAAAGAGAGCAUCGUUAACGUCCCUCUCCAGCUGGUUGAGAGUGUUGAGUGUCGGGAUUUGACCCAGCUCCAUGUCGUCUGUAAAGACUGCAAGGUCAUCAGGUGUCAGUUUGGGUCGGCAGAGCAGUGCCAGGAUUGGCUGAGGAGGCUGACGGCAGUGGUGCGCCCGCCCUCUCGUCUGGAGGAGCUUUUCAGCUUCGCCUUUCACACGGAGGAGAGAGAGGGCCACGGAGAGAUGUGCAGAGCUGGAGAACAUGUGAGGUGGAGGUUUCAGAGGGAGGUAGAACGAAUGGCCUUCCACACGCACGAUGCCUGGAGAGUCACGGACAUAAACCGCAACUUCAGACUCUGUGCGAGUUAUCCAGAGCAGCUCCUGGUGCCAGCCUGGGUCACGGAUAAAGAGUUGGAGAACGUAGCAGCAUUCCGAUCCUGGAAGAGGUUUCCAGCUGUGGUCUACAGACACCAGAGGACGGGCGCUGUGAUUGGUCGGUGCGGGCAGCCCGAGGUGAGCUGGUGGGGCUGGCGAAACGCGGACGAUGAGAGACUGGUGCAGUCCAUCGCCAAAGCCUGCACCAUGGACACCAAAGCCGACAAGACGCUGGCCAACGGCUUCUGCAGUCAGCACCACACCAACAGCACUCAGCCCAACUCAGACCCUGUUUUAGCCAAUGGCAACGUGGGGGCGGAGCCUGUCGAAACACCACCACAAAAAUUGCUGAUAUUGGAUGCCAGGUCAUAUGCUGCUGCAGUGGCCAAUCGGGCAAAAGGGGGCGGGUGUGAAUGCCCAGAGUACUACCCUAACUGUGAGGUGGUCUUUAUGAGCAUGGCCAACAUCCACUCCAUCAGGAAGAGUUUCCAGUCUCUUAGAGCCCUCUGUGCCCAGGUGCCUGACCCCACAAACUGGCUGUCUGCUCUGGAGGGCACUAAGUGGCUGCAGCACCUGUCCCUGCUGCUGAAGGCCGCCCUGCUGGUGGUCAACGCCACGGACCAGGACGGACGCCCCGUACUGGUGCACUGCUCAGACGGCUGGGACCGCACACCCCAAAUCGUCGCCCUGUCCAAACUGCUGCUCGACCCCUUCUACAGGACCACUGAGGGUUUCCAGGUGCUGGUGGAGACAGAGUGGCUGGACUUUGGUCAUAAGUUUGCGGACCGCUGUGGGCACGGAGAGAACGCGGACGAUGCGAACGAGCGAUGUCCCGUCUUCCUGCAGUGGCUGGACUGCGUUCACCAGCUCCAGAGACAAUUCCCCUGUUCCUUCCAGUUUAACGAGGCCUUCCUGGUGAAGCUGGUGCAGCACACGUACUCGUGUCUGUUCGGGACGUUUUUGUGUAACAGUGCGAAGGAGCGAGAGGAGCACCGUGUUCAGGAGAACACCUGCUCCGUGUGGUCUCUGCUCCACCCCUCCAACCGUGCCUUCCAGAACAUUCUGUACUCGCCCCACUCAGAGACGGUGCUUCACCCGGUGUGUCAUGUUCGUAACCUGAUGUUGUGGAGUGCCGUCUAUCUGCCAAACUCCGCCCCCUCCACGCCCUCUGACGACGCCUGUCCCCCUUACCCUGACCCUGCCACUACACCGGAGGACUCGUACCUGGGCAGACUUGUGAAGACGAGAUCUUAUGAGAACUUGCCCGUGACCUGUGAAGGGGGUUGCCACGUGACCUCUAACCGCCGCUGCAGUGACCCCAGCCUUAAUGACAAAUGGCAGGAGCACCUCCGAUCCGUCGACAUCGCCGCGGCAACAGAGCCUGAGGACAGUGAGGCGGACAGUUCAGCCAAUCCCAGCACGGGAUGUUCUGACGGGGAGGUGGGAUUGGAGGAGAGACUCCAGAGGGCGGGUUUAGAUGAUCAGGCAGAGUGUAAUGGUCAUUAUGAUGUUAAUCUGGGGAAUGGGGAAAUGGUAGGGAAUGGGAUAGAGGAGGCGGGGCUGUCUGUGGCAGUGGGCGUGGCUGACGGACAGAUAGAGGACAUUUUGCAGGAAGCGAGGGAAGAAGGGGCGGUGACAGAGGAGCGGAGGCGGAGCCUAACACUCAGUGGCACUCGCUCCGCCUCCCAUUCUUUAACCACUCCCCCUCCUCCAGAGGCCUCGGCUGAGGUGCCUGCAGCGACCUGCGAGGAACCGAUAAACACGAUGCUAUGUGAAGAACUUCACAAACAAACUCCAGAACUUUCUAAAGAGGCUGACUCUGAGCCUGCGCCUGCCCCACCCACUUUAGACCUUGGGCACGUGACCAACGGUCACAUCGAGAGUGUACAGGGAGGGGGUGGUGAUGCUGACAAAGUACCGUCACCCGUCCCCUGUCAGGAAGACACUCCUCCCCCUAACCCCCUCUCUCCUGGGCGGUCUAAUAGAACAGCAUUAACUGAGACCCCGACAGACACCCCGGAUGACCGCUCUCCGACCCCCGCGACCGUACCGCACGAUUCCACUCCCUCUCCCCAGCCGCCCAGGACUCUGAACGGGCUCAGGUCUCCAUCCUCGUGUGCCUUACAGCCUCUCUUCCCUCCGGACGCCCACGUCUGUAACGGCGACGCCACGGCGAACGCCAACGGGGUGCGGACGCCCCUCAGCAGACAGGUUUCGGUGGCCAGCUGUGGGUCUCUGAGCUCCCCUCACGUGCAUUCGUGGGACCCGUCAGGGCGGGGCCCCUCUGCCACGCCCCAUUCUCACCUGGGCACGGACGGCCUGAGCCUGCACAGUGAUGCUGUGCAGCUGCGACUGCAGCAGAUAGAGGCGGGACAUCAGCUCCAGGUGGAGACGCUCAAGAGACAGGUACAGGAGCUCUGGAGCCGCCUACAGGUGAACGGAGAACUGUCGUCAGUGUCAGACUGUGAGAAUAACCUGAACCCGGCCUGUCUGUCACGAUGCAGCACUGAACUCCUCUCAGACAGCUGCUGGGAGCAGCUGGAGCUACGGGAUGGGGAGGCAACCCGGUGGUACCCAGAUCACUUGGCAACUCGUUGCUAUGGAUGCGAACACAAGUUCUGGCUGGCUGCUCGAAAACAGCACUGCAGGAAUUGUGGGAAUGUUUUCUGUGCCAGCUGCUGCAACCAGAAGGUGGCGCUGCCCAGCCAGCAGAUGUAUGAGCCGAACCGUGUGUGCCAGGCCUGCUACGGGCAUCUGUGCCCUUCGGCCGUGCCCCCCGCCGUACCCCCUGCCGACCUGGAGCUGGAGAAACCCAUUACUGCCAGUUCCAACUGAAACAGG